AUGAAUUCUCCGGGGCUAUCGGGAACCGGAAAUGAGUCUUUCUUCAGCAAACUUGAAACUCUUCGCAGCAGAAAUAAGAAAAAAUCAAAGAAGGAAGUUGAAGACCUGGCUGCGGAGGGCCGAAAGGCCAUGGAGUCAGCCCUUUGUUCACUGGCAGUAGAAGACCCAGAGAACUACAUGUUGGAAGAGGGUCAAGAGCGUUCGAUAAUCGAACGAGCUUCCAUGGAGUCCAUGGAAGUGAAGGAGCUUGUUGCAUCUCUAAUCUCCUGGAUAAACGAUGAACUUAUCAAUCAUCGUAUUCUUGUCCGAAACAUUUCUGAUGACCUCUACGAUGGGCAAAUUUUGCAGAAUUUGGCGGAAAAACUGGCAAACAUUAAAUUAGAAUAUCCGGAGGUCACUCAGUCCGAGUUUGGCCAAAUGCAGCGUCUAAAGGAGGUUGUUGCUACCAUCAAUCAAAUACUUGGCGUUCCAGAGAGUUGGGCAAAGGACCAGUGGUCUGCAGAAAUGAUUCACGAUAAGGACGUCAUAGCCAUCAUUCGUCUCCUUGUUGCCCUUGCUAAACACUUCAAGGUGGGCAUUCGCCUUGCUGAUGGAGUAUUUCUUACCGUUAUUGUUGUCAGGAAGAUUAACGGUAUUCUCGAAUACAGGUAUGAACGCAAGUACUUGACGGAACCGUCGCAAUCCGUCCCCGAUUUGGGACCUUCAUCUCAUCCAUUGGAUUACCUCCCCAAUCGCCAUCUCGUCCCAAGGUUAAUCACUUGUUUUGUUAAUGAACAUCUACAGAAAUUGAAUCUUCAGGUCAAGGAUCUUACGCAUGAUUUCUCGGACGGGGUGCGGCUAAUCCUCUUGAUGGGUCUGCUGGAGGGAUACUUUGUGCCUCUUCAUUGCUACCAUCUGCACCCGACAACGGACUCGAUGCGGCUGGCUAACGUGCGCCUUGCCUUUGAGCUGAUGCGCGUGGCGGAGCUAUCUGAACCGCUGGAGCGUCCUGAGGACAUUAUACUGGGUGACACGAAGGCCGUUUUGCGCCUCCUUUACGGCCUCGUCUCGCACUACCAGUACGCGCAUGGAGGGGGCGAUGCCUUUGCCGACUUGCAGAAGAUCACCGAAGAUGAGGCACUUGAUCGAUCCCCUGAAUUCACCGCCUGA